ACGGAAGAAACUGCUAGCACGAUAAAUGACAGAACAGAGGAAAGUACUGAUACUUCCACAGACGUUUCAUCCGGUAAUACAAAUGAUCCUGACUCCAGUUCCUCAACGUUUGAAGGGACUAAUCACACGGAAGAAACUGCUAGUACAGGAAAUGACAGAACAGAAAGUAGUAGUGGUAACACAAAUGAUUCUGAUCCCGGCCCCUCAACCGUAGAGAUCACUCCUUCUGAGGAUCAAAAUAAUGAUACAGGAAGGAAUGGAACGGAGGAAAAUACUGCUCCUUCCACAAUAUAUCCGGUUAACACAACAGAUACUUCUGAAUUCAGUAGUAUGACCUCGGCAGAUGAUAGCGGCACGGGAUUGUCAACCACAGUGAGUAGUGGAAAGGAAGAAAGUACCACUAUUGCGCCCGCUGUGAAUUCUAGCAAUUGUAGCACAGUUUCGGUAAUAACUUCGACAAUGCGUAUGCCUGAUAGAACGUCAACGAGGACCGCGUUUCCGAGUUCUGUUUCGCUGUUUAGUUCUAGUUCGAUCAUCUCUUCAUCUCGUCUGGUUACUACUGUUCCAGUGCCAAAAAGUGACAGCAACGCAGCCUGCACAUUCAUGGCUUUGACUCUCAUAUGGCUUGCAAAUGUAAAGUACAUUUUUGGAGGAGUCCUUUGCAGUAUUUUCACUCUUUAUACUUUUCGAGUAGGUAUCAAUGGAUGUGCCAACGACAAGAACCCAUGUAGUGGCAAAACUCCGUUUUGUGAAAGUCUGAAUGGGUCAUAUAAAUGUCAUCCAAGUCCAUGUGACGACAAACCAUGUUCUGGGUAUGCAACUUGUACAGCUAAGAGCUAUAACCAACAUGUUUGCGAGUGUUCUUGGAUUUAUUCAAAUCCCGACUGCGGUUUUCGUAAGUUUUAUGCAUAA